CUGUCAGUCUAUCUGUUACCUGUUUAGUGAGAGGAUUGAGAGGGGUGUGACUGAGCCUGCUGUCAGUGCCACCUUGCCCCUAGCUCUGGAGUUGAAACAGAGAAAGUUAACAUUCAGGUCUUUCAGGAUUACUUGCUAUUAGUUCACCUGUAUGGAUUGUGCCUUAAGUUUCUACAGUAACAGCAGAGAAACACCCAGCAUUGAAAACAAGACCCUGACACUCAGAAGCUGUGUGGGACUCACACCUUUUAAAAGAGAAAUGAAGAUGAGAUUCCUGGGGAGGACCUGUCUCAUUGUCUUGAGUUUGCUACCAGCUGUUUCUACACAAGAUGCAUGGACUGUUGUUGGCUCUGAUCAGCCUGUCAUUGCUGAGGCUGGUGGUGAUGUCAUCCUGCCCUGUCACAUUUCACCCAGCAUCAGUGCUGUGGACAUGGAAGUGAGGUGGUUCAGAGAGAGAUUCGAUAAGCCUGUUCAUUUAUAUCUGAACCAAAAUGAUCGACUCAGCAGACAGGACAGUGACUACCAGGACCGCACUGCUCUCUCUCCCUCUGCACUACAGACAGGCGAUAUCUCUCUGCAUCUGAGAAACCUCCGAUACUCUGACCGGGGUGUCUAUACCUGCUCAGCUGAUGAUGGAAGAUGGGCUGAAGAUGGACAGACUGAACUGAUAGUUGAAGGUGGAAGGACUGUUGUUGGCUCUGAUCAGCCUGUCAUUGCUUAUCCUGGUGAUGAUGUCAUCCUGCCCUGUCACAUUUCACCCAGCAUCAGUGCUGUGGACAUGGAAGUGAGGUGGUUCAGAGAGAGAUUCGAUAAGCCUGUUCAUUUAUAUCUGAACCAAAAUGAUCGACUCAGCAGACAGGACAGUGACUACCAGGACCGCACUGCUCUCUCUCCCUCUGCACUGCAGACAGGAGAUAUCUCUCUGCAUCUGAGAAACCUCCGAUACUCUGACCGGGGUGUCUAUACCUGCUCAGCUGAUGAUGGAAGAUGGGCUGAAGAUGGACAGACUGAACUGAUAGUUGAAGUUGGAUGGCGUGUCGUUGGCUCUGAUCAGCCUGUCAUUGCUGAUCCUGGUGAUAAUGUCGUCUUGCCCUGUCACAUUUCACCCAGAGUCAGUGCUGUGGACAUGGAAGUGAGGUGGUUCAGGGAGAUAUUCGACAGGCCUGUUCAUUUGUAUCUGAACCAAAGGGAUCGGCUCAGCAGACAGGACGGAGCUUACUGGCACCGCACUGCUCUCUCUCCCUCUGCACUGCAGACAGGCGAUAUCUCUCUGCAUCUGAGAAACCUCCAGCCCUCUGAUAGAGGCGUCUAUACCUGCUUAGCUGAUGAUGGAAGACGGAAUGAAGAAGGACAGACUGAAGUGAUAGUUGCAGCUCUGGGGACCCAGCCCUCAAUCUCUAUGGUCUCUACACAAGGAGAGCAGACCUGGCUGGUGUGCAGAUCAGAGGGGUGGAGCCCUGAACCUGAAGUGAUCUGGAGAGACAGGGAUGGAAAUGAUGUGACAUCACUGUCCAGCACAACAGUGCAGAGGGACAGUCAGGGGCUCCUCAGUGUCAGCAGCUACAUCAAAAUCAAACAGCAGUCCAACGUGUUCUCCUGUCUGGUUAGAAGUAAAAUACCAAAACCAGACUGGGAAUCCAAACUCCACAUAUCCAGUGAUUUUUUCCCAGGAGUCUCUGGAUGGAUGGUGGCUUUCUCCUUGACUCUAGCUCUCAGUAUUGGAGCCAUUCCUCUGCUGGUGAUCCAAUGGAGAAGAAUGGAUGGCAUGGAGAGACAGUUUGAGCCUAUGGCUGCUCUGCAUCUUCUUAAGGAACUUGAGUCUGUAAAGCGAGAGGUCCUUAAAUCAGAAUGGAAGUGGAUCCUCAGCUCAGCAGUUGAUGUGACUCUGGACCCUGAUACACUACACCCCCAGCUCACCCUGUCUGUGGAUGGGAAACAAGUGAGACGGGGAGAGACACAUCAGGAUCUCCCUGACAAUCCAGAGAGAUUUGAUCACAGGUUCUGUGUGCUUGGCAAGGAGGGCUUCACCUCGGGGAGACAGUACUGGCAGGUGCAAGUGGGGGGGAAUACAGAGUGGAGAUUAGGAGUCAUCAGAGAGUCUGCCAAGAGGAAGGGGGGGUUCAUCAUGACCCCCCAGCAGGGUUACUGGACUGUGGAAUGGAAUGGAUAUGAAGUUGAGUUCACUGCUCUCACUUACCCCCGGACCCCUCUCCCCCUGAGCUUGAAGCCGCAGAAGAUGGGGGUGUAUCUGGAUUAUGAAGAAAGGCAGCUGUCCUUUUACAAUGUGGAGAGCAGAUUUCACAUCGACACUUUCACUGACAUGGAGUUCAAUCCCAAUGAGAAACUCUACCCACUCUUCUGGACUCUGGAUAGGAAAAUAGACCUUGUGCUGGAGCCCCCUAACCCUUACCCUAACCCUAACCCUGUCAGCGCUGCAGAUUAAACACAAAUUGCUGUCUGAACCAGGAAACUAUUCAAACAGCUCAGACAAUCUCCUCUUCAUUUUCACUGACACUCUCUCUGCACUCUUCUGGGCUUAUGAGAAGAAAUCCUCUCUCUUCCACCCUCUUACCCUGAGCCCCUCCUCUUUAUUUCUCUACACCCCCUUUCCUACUCCCCUUCCUGUCUCCCUCUCUUCCUCUCCACCUUGUUGCAACUCCAAAUCCCUCUCCUUUUCUGCUUACUGCUCUUCUCUACCCCUAUCUUUUCUCUCUCCUCCUUCUCUCCCUUCCCUCUGAUAUGUUACCCAUACUUACUACUUUCCUCUAUCCUCUCUCCACCCUGCCCCCUCUACUCUCCCUCUCUCCUCCCUGCUCUCCCUCUCUACACCCUGCCCUCUCUACACCCUCCCUAUCCCACUCCCCCUCUCUCCCCCUGACCUCUCUACUUUCCCUAUUUCCUCCCUAUAACGGGGUCGAAAUGACCAGUAUUUCACAUUUUUAUUUUGCACUUUAUAUAUUUUGAUUUGUGCAUGUUUUCUUUGAUAGGGCACUUUGAUUUGAUUUUGUAGCACUUUUAUUGUUCCUUCCCCACUCAGUUAAUUAAUUAAUGACCCAGUAAUUGAAAAUACGCACCUGACAAUAAAUACCCCUUGAUUUUAGUUUUCCAGGAUGGCUAUCCACCGUUUGUCUUGUCUGUGUUUUUUUUUGUGCGUGUAGGAGAGGGGACCUGAGACGGAACUAAAAUAAAUGGUAAGCCUAGUACUGCUGCUGCUGUGAUGACGACGACGAUGAUGAUGAUGAUGUCGUUGGGGAUAUUGUUUAUCGGUGUCCCCUCCUCUGCACUCACUGGCGUUUUGUGUUUUGUGUUUGUUUUUAAACCGGUUGUUUUUAUUUUUGGAUUUUAAAUGAAACCCGUUUUAGUUAUUUUUUUUGUACAAAGCACUUGUGUGCUAUUGUAAUGAUCUGCUGCUAAUUCUUAAUUCUGUGCAAUAAAACAUUAUUUUAAUUGACA